CUCCACCCAUAUGAGGCCAUGACAAAUGUACCAGAGCAGGCAGCAGCAAACAGCUGCAACAUCACAGCACAGCAACCAUUCAUCUCUCCUCCUCCUUUCCAUCAUGUACACACCCCUCCAAUCUCUCCUUCCUCGUCAACCAAGCCAGGGAAGAAAAUUAAAAGAAUCUCCACCCUCCAAGAAGCAGUGCAGGCUCUCUCCCAGCCAUCUUUGCUCCCGAUGGCCCAUCUGGACCAGGAGUUAUGUGAGGGGAGGAAAACCAACGCCAAGGCCAAAAGGAAAAGAAGCGAGGUGAGAAAAAAGGAGGAAUAGGAAGGGGGGGGGGGGGGGAGGGGGGGAGAGGGAAGACAAGGCAAGAAAGAUAACGAAGGGGGGUGUCCUCAGAUGUGCAUCACCCAACCAAACCUCUCUCUUUCUCUCUCUCAUCCCUCCAAUUCCCAAACAAUACCACUGCCUUGGCUUGCCACAAAUGCCCCUCUGCAGCCCAGGAAACCCUUCCACCCAUCUCCACCGAGCAGGAAAACGCUAACCCAUCUCCUGUUCCCGAUUUAUAUGGGCCUUUUGGUCAUGGUCAGACCUCAGCAAAACAGGCGAAGGAAGAAACCCCACCUUUGUUUCUCCAUCGUCCCUUCUCUCUCUGCAAAGGGGGAACCUUUUCCCAUCCCGUUCCUUCCAUCUGUGGAUCUCUCCUCGUCUCCCUUCUAAAGGUGGGAUUUUGAGGCCGUGGUGAUGAAGAAGGGAAAGAGAUCGGUCAUGGGGUCUUCUCCGGCUUCCACUUAUUAUCCGGUCACCGAGGAGGCCAGGGCGCGGUUCAGGCACCAGAGUCUCUUGCAGGAUUAUGAGGAUCUGCUAAAGGAAACUGAAGCAAAGAGGAAGAAAUUGCAGAAGGCAAAUGAGAAGAAACUUAAGCUUCUGGCUGAAGUGAAAUUCUUGCGAAGAAAAUAUAGGUGCCUGUCGAGUAAUCCAUCAGGAAAGACUCCAUGUAGGCUGAACAAGAAGCCACAAAGCUCGCCAUCAUCAUUGCUGUUAACUGGUCGGCCUUCAAUUCCAUCCUUUCAACUCCCUGCCAAAGACCAGAGCUUCACAGCAAGAGAUGCUACUACUCCAAGCACUGCAGCAGUAAUAGACUUGAACCAGGUCUCCUUGCCGGUAACUAAUGCGAUUGGCGAAGAAAUGGAUGAGUACCAGAUCAGCUUGGAGCCUGCAAAAGCCGAUAGGUUGAGGAAGAGUCCAAUGGAAGGUGAUGCCAUGGCUAAUGAUCUGAAGCUCUCGAUCUGCCGGGAUGUUGGUCAUGGAUCAAACCAGGUGGUUAAGAGAAAGAUCACAUGGCAAGAUCAGGUGGCUUUGAGAGUGUAGGCUGGUUCUCUGGCAUAUGAGGGCGAAAAAGACAUGCCCUAAACUAAUUUAGUUUCUGUUUGUUGGUAAUUGUUCUGCCUGUAAAGGAUAACUUAGAGGUCUGAUCCUCUUAAUAGUGAUCAUGAGCCUGUAAAGUUAAUGUUCUUUGUCACUCCUGAGGAUGAGCUUGAUAAAUUAGUCAUAACCAGCAGUUGAAUGUUUA